GGGAUUAUAUAGGAAUUAGUGCUGCACAAAGCCAUAGUAUUACUAACUAUAAACCACGGUAGGGCGAGCGUCUUACGGGGCUAUUCUGCUCUAGUGAGUACAUGGGUCGUAUGUUGGCGACUAAAGUGUUCAUUGUUUAGUCAGUUGCUACGGCCCUCAGUUACCCACCUGGAGCAGUAUGUGGUGACACUCUAUACCCAAGGGCCGGAACAGCCGAGCAAGUACUGCUAAAGGGUACGUUUUGAUUUGAGAAGUUAGAAUUAGCGUUAAAUGGGUAGCUUCCCAAAGAUCUGUAAACCCGGAGGCAGAGACUUGAUAAUAUUUUGUGACCCCGCGGCGGUAGUGAGGGGUCGGCAGGAGCGCCCCUACCCUCGCUAGGUAACGAUGGAGGGUGACAAGGACUUCUGUACCGUGGACGUGAGGAUAUCCCUUUGAAGGACCCUACACUGAGAGCAGGUAUGUGUCCCGUGAGUGAGCGUAACAAUGAAGAGCAAUUGAAGAUUGGAGGGAUAUAUCAUGGUUCCGAAUCACAGCAGACUGUCCUUGUUGACUGAAAUAUUCACUAUGUGUGGUGUCAUAAAAGAGGGGCAUUUUAACAACGAAGGUGGAUAAGGAGCACGUGUGUUUGCGCUGGACCAAGAGGCAGUCAAUUCAAGAGGUCGGGGAUGUCCGGCUCACGGAAAUGUAUAAAAGGUAAAGCAUGUAUGUUUCGGCAUGGCUGAGUCUAGUCUGAGCGGAUCACGAACCACGGACGUGGUGUCCCAUUCUUCCAGCUUCGCUAUUGGUGUCAGGGGGAAAAACAUGGCUGCAUCUGAAAUAGAUAAGCCACUUCCGGUGGUUGAACUAAAACCGUUUACUCCGCGGGUAUGGAGAAGAGAAAAGAGCCUGCCUGAGUUCUAUGACAAGCCUCCAACUGCAGGAGGAGAAAACAAUAUUGAACGACGGAUCCAGUUUGAAAAUGGACUUGGUGAAGAACUCGCUAAGAGUGAAAAUAACGCUGCGCUUGUUGCUAAGUAUUUGUUCGGCGGAGAGAGGGGAUACACAAGUGAAUCAAGACUGUCGGAUUUAAAUAUCCCGAGGUAUAAAAUCAAACUCCACCCAACUGUAGAUUUCAGUUACAACUGUCGACCUCCAAGAAUGAACGCGCUCAUUCCUGAAUUCAUACCUCGUGUGGAAAGAACAAAGACCACACUGCAAGACGUGACACGUGAUGACAAUCCUAACAGACAAUACAGUCUUGCUAAGCAGGCAGUGACGGACGUAACGGCAGCAAGACACCAGGGCAUGAGAAUACAUGGUGGGAGAGUACAACAGACACCUGGUGUCCAUAGGACACAACUCACAUACCUCAACCCUAUAGAUGAAUACAGCCAGACAGGUCAGUGGAAGCGGGGAGAUAAACGGCUGCCUGAGAAAUAUUAUCGGCCACCUCACACAGGUAAAGGGUCAAUAGUUAAUGGACAUGAUUCAAGAAACAGUCAGAGCAAAUCAUCAGUGGUCAGCAGUGACGCAUCAUCUGUGUCCAGUACCGGAAGUAGGGUUGUAGCACGCUCUCCGAUGAAGCAGGUGAGCCACAGAUUUAAUCAAAUAUUCAAUACAAAGCAAAGCGUCAGUGUGGAUAUAGGAGGCAUCAAGACUAAGAACGCCUUGCAGAUCUUAAGCGAAAAUGGGCCUACAACGAAACUGGAAAAACAACUAACAUUUGAGAUGGAGGUCAAUAUGGAGAUGUGUCGCCGCCAUCUUGAUUUUAUAUCUUCUGAUGGGUCAUAUUUCCCACAAUCUAGUAUCCCCAACAUGUUUCAUGAUCUAAGCCGGCCUAUAACUCUGACUAAAGGGGAGGCGAUGUUGAGAAAAGGACGCGACCUUAACAAGCGCAAAAUACAAAAUCGGAGACAGUCACGUGGCAGGAACGUGCUUCCGGUUGACUUUGACCGGAACGUACGUCAAGUCGAUGCUGCUCAAUUUGAUUCGGGGAUACAGAGCCCAAGGACUGGUGUUCUAGAAACUGCUUUUCAUAAUGGAUUAUUCGACAGAGUGGAUGACCCUUCCAUUAAAUACAUGACAUAUGCAAACAGCGGCUUCCCUUUCUCAAGAGGGAGCCCUUUGAAAGCGAUCUCUUCAAAGGGAGAUACCACCCCUACAACGGACGCUACGAUGCCCGGAAACAGUAUACCACGUGAUUUGGAAAGUGACAUGCGUUUGGAGGAAGUGAAGGAUUCUCUUCAGACCAGUCCCAGAAACUCUUCGUAUACAUCUGGGAUCAGUCCUACUUUUGACACGUACAUUACCGAACCGAACCCGAAUGUUGGCAGUCACGUGAUGUCGUUAGAUUCACGGGUAUUAUCAAACAAGAGUGCACAAGGGGCGCAUUUUACAAAAGCGCAUUUCAAACCAUGCACCAACGUUAAGUUGAAAGAUGGCAGCAGGGGAUCUGACAUCGACACUCUCCGAGCGGUCACGUGAUCACCGGUCCGUAUUGAACAGUUCUAUUUAUUUUUAUUUAUCAAGCAAUGUGUGAUAUAAUGUAUUGUACAUAUGUUUAUCUUACCACAGAAAAUGGACAAAUCUUUUGCUGUGCCAUGUGCUAGUGUACAGAUGUAAUGAGUGCACCAGUACUUAAACCACAUUACUACACCUGUCCCCGAGUGAGUCCGUCGAAAUAUGUCUUGUCUGUCUAAUAUUCCAACUGUAAACGUUACAAUGUAAAUCAGUGUGUCAUAUCCUAAAAAGGUAUGGAUAAAUAUGGAUAAUCAUUUUAUAUAUCAAUUUUCUACUUAAAAUAAUAUUUAGUAUGACAAUCAAUGUAUAACAUGACAAUAUUGUCCAGUUGUUUUUAUCGGCAAAUCAUGGUAAACACUUCGAUACCGACAAACAACUCUUUGAUCGCGAGAUACAAUGUUGAAACGGAUAUUUUCCGAAAGAGGAGUUUGAUUAUACAUAUGUUUUUUUGUUUUUUUUGUGUUUUACGUCAAACACAGUCUGUGAAAAACGUUUUUGUCUAACAUGACAAUCUGAAAAUUAUCUGGGAUGCCUUAAAUAUCAAUACUAAUUGAAAGAAGAACCACAUUACGAACUAGAUUCAAGCGCAGCCACAAGUGAUAUUUGGAAUACGGGAAUGGAGGUUCUGUAACGGAGCACCCAAAUAAAGAGUCUUUAUAACCCCGAACUAUGUUAAUAGAUAAGUCAAAUACAGCUGCCGUUGCAAUUAUUCGGAUAUCUUCCUGCCAACGAAGACAUCUGUUCACGGGAAUAUACAAUAUUACCUGGAGUCAACAAGCGUAGUCAAUAUUACACUAUCAUUGUCAAUGCUCCCGCUGAACGUGCACAACCGCAGAUAAUACAACUGCUUCCAUAGUAGCUCAACAACGUAUAAUCUCUGUCAGGGAUAUUUACGAGUCAGGUAAAUCGAUAUGCCCAUGUUAUAAUGGAGGGCGUCCCUGAGUGCCUGCACCUCUGUUUACCUGGGAUUCACAGCGACUGUCCCGAUAGGUCACUCAUACUGAUGUUGUUGUGUAAAUAGAGAAUCUCACCCGAGUUACUUUUGAUAUCAAAUAUAUCAACACGAGUUGAUACAAGUGGGAAAACUCCGAGGCUUGCCGAGGAUUUUUUCCACUUUUAUCAACGAGUGUUG